CUUCUCUCAGUCGGAGCUGAACUUGGCUGAGCGGAGCAUGAAGUGAGGCUGGAGGCCAGCAGCUGUCUGAGGGAGCCUCCUGGACUCUCCUGAGCCGGACCGGAGGGUCGUCCUCUUCAUCGGAGAUUAUAAUUAUUCCUUUGCGUCAAUAUGCUGCCGGCUCUGCUUCUCGCUCUGAGUCUUUGCUCCGGGGCUCGCUCCUCUGAGCCCUCGUCCAUUACCAUCCAGUACCGGGUUUGGGAGGAGCAGCCGACGGGAACCCGGGUCGGCCGUCUGGUCGACGACCUCCGGCAGAGGGACGAAGGCCGCCCUCUGGAGGAUUUCCAGGUGGUGGAGCACGGAAAAGCCCUUCCCUUCUCCGUCAGCGCUCGGGACGGGGUCGUCUCCACCCAGGGCCGGCUGGACCGGGAGGAGCUGUGCCGCGGGUCGGACCUGUGCGAGCUGGCCUUCAGCGUCCUCUUCAGGAGAAGCGGUGCCAUGAACUUCCUGCGGGUUCGCGUGGAGGUAAUGGACCUGAAUGACCACAGUCCCGGCUUCCCUAGCACGCUGCAGGAAGUGGAGAUCUCAGAGAUGGCAGGCCUCAGGAUGCGGAUCCCUUUGGACCGGGCAGUGGACCCCGACGCAGGGCCGAACGGCCUCCAGACCUACUCGCUGUCCGUCAACCAACACUUUGCUCUGGAUGUGACGGUGGCGCCAGGCGGCACCAGACAGGCGGAGCUGGUGGUGAUCAAAGAACUGGACAGGGAGGUUCAGGCCACGUUUGACCUCACCCUGGUGGCGUGGGAUAAAGGGAACCCCCCCAGGUCCGGGAGCACAUUAGUCCGUGUUAAUAUUCAGGACUCAAACGAUAACAGCCCCACGUUUGAGGACAGCACCCCCACUGUGGAGCUUUCAGAGGAUACGGCACGUGGGACGACUAUCAUCCAACUCAAGGCCACCGACCCGGACCAAGGGGCCAACGGGGAGGUGGAGUAUUUGCUCAGUAAGCACACACGUCCGGAGGUUCAGAAACUCUUCUAUGUGGAUCCACAAACCGGAGCUGUGAGUCUCAAAGCGCCUCUGGACCACGAGGCCCAGGCCUCCUAUGAGGUGGUCAUACAGGCCCAGGAUCGCGGGCCCAACGCCAUCCCCACGCACUGCAAACUGCACGUCAAGCUCCGAGACGUCAACGACAACGCACCCAGGAUACACAUGACCUGGACUCCACCCAACUCCCCCGUGGCCACCGUGCUGGAAGGAGCUCUGGAGGACACCUUCCUGGCUCUGGUGAUGGUCUCUGACGCAGACUCGGGAGAAAAUGGCAAAGUGCGGGCGCACAUUCAGCGAGGAUCGGGUCCUUUUCGACUGAAGCGGAUCCACGGUGACAAUUACAUGAUUGUUACCAACGGCAGCCUGGAUCGCGAGAAGGUGAUGCAGUACAACAUCUCGCUGUUGGCCCAGGACUACGGAGACCCCCCGCUGUCUUGUGUCAAACACCUGCCGGUCCGUGUUCUGGACGAGAACGACAACGCCCCGGUGUUCUCCAACUCCCUCUAUAAGGCCUCCUUCAAGGAGAACAACGCCGCGGGCUACCACGCUCUCAAAGUCGAAGCCCACGACGUCGACCUGGAGUUUAGCGGAAGAGUGUCCUACUUCAUACGGAGCCCCAACGAGGUGGAAACCGACACUCAGUCUUUCUCCAUCCACCCGACCAGCGGCGUCGUCAGUGUCCAGCGUCCUCUGGACUACGAGGAAUCCCACACCUACUCCUUCACGGUGGAGGCUGUCGACCAGGGUCACCCGCCUCUCACCGGCACGGCCUCCGUGCAAAUCGACAUCCAGGAUGUGAACGACAACUUCCCCGUCAUCAAGGAGCCGAAACCCAGAAAGGGCGUGGCCUCUCUGAGCGUGCCCGUCAAUACAGACAAGGGGGAGAUCGUGACGGAGCUGGGGAACGACAUCGACGAGGGCUCUGCCGCUCUGCCGAUUGAUCGCUCGGUCAGAGAGGGCAUCGUCGGGUUCCUUGCGUCCACCUUAAAGGCCGAAGAUGCGGAUUCAGGGCUGAACGGGCAACUCAGCUACCUCAUCGCCGGGGGGAACCCUGACGAACUGUUCUGGUUGGACGGGGCAACGGGCCAGCUGUUUGUGAACACCACCAACGCCACCGAGCUCGUUGGGAAAACCUUUAAGGUGAACGUCGCCGUGUCCGACAUGGGCAGUCCCAGCUUGGCCUCCAAGGCGACCCUGGAGGUGACCUUCAUCAACCUCAAGGACCAUCUGAAGAACUCGUCGCCGGGUAACCGCGGGCAGCUCAGCUUCACCAUGAUGAUGGCCGUGUGCCUGGGAGCAACCUGCCUGCUGCUUCUGUUGGCCAUCGCUCUGGUGACGACGUUCUGCCGGCCGGAGAAACGGGACAGCCGGGCCUACAACUGCCGACAGGCCGAGUCCACCUACGACCGCCACCCGCGGCGCCCGCAGAGGAACAUCAGGAAGUCCGACAUCCAGCUCAUUCCCGUCAUCAGAGGGCGAAAGGAUGAGCCUCCCGAGGAUGACUGCGAAUCCCGGCCUCUGGCUCCGCCCCCGAUGAUGUCAGACGGGGGACAAACUGAGAGGGAGUACCCGUUGACGCCAUCCGCCAUGAACACAAGCUUUCAUUCCCAAGGGUACCCAGAAGGGGACGCCGCCCACCACUGCAGAACGCUACGGAAACCUGGGAACAUCGAACUGGACGCCGCUUCACCCCUGACGCCCGCCACGUCGUACCGGACUCUUCGCGAGGCCAGGAACCCGUCGUCGUCGUCGUCGUCGUCUUUGGCCUCACAUCCCAACACCUUGAGGCGCCACCGUGCGAACGCCGGCGGGGAGGAGGCGUCCCAGGCGACUCUCAGGAGGCCGAGGACCUCGGAGGGACGCGGGGGCCCCGAUGCCGAACACCGGCUGAUCCUCAGGAACCUGGUGCGACUGUCCAUGGCGGCGUUUGGAGACGCCAUCGAGCUUUCCUCAGCUUCACCUGACGUGCAGCAGAUCUCCCAGCUCCUCUCUCUCCUCCGUCAGGGUGAACUUCAUCCGAGACCAAACUUCAGAGGGAACAAGUUCUCUCAUCGGCACGGCAGAUAUGGAGGUCAGGACUGUUCUGAUUGGCAGAGCACUAAAGACAGUGGACACGGAGAGAGCGAGGCUGGAGAUGUGGACUGGGAACCAGGAAGAGACUCACCUAUUGACCCUCAGCUGGAGGAGGGGCUCAACAACCUGCUCCAUGACGACGUGUUCUCAGAGGUCAGCGACCCGGCCUGGAUGGCCCGGUUCUCCCUCCCGCUCAGCGCCGACUACCACGACAACGUCUUCGUGCCCGACGGGCCGCCGGCGCCUGAAGGCGAGCCCCUCCCCCGGGAAGCUCUGGACUCCUCGUCCUUCUCCACUUUCGGUAAAACCCUGGAUAAGGACGGCCCACUGGGCGGGGCCUUGAUGUCAGAGGUCAGCACGCUGUUUGAGAUGCUGAUGACGCAGAAGGCCGACGCCCACCCCGGAUCUCGGCCUGACGUCCUGUCCCGCCUCUCCGCGGCGUGCCGCCGGCCUGUGGACGGUGAGCAGAGGUCAGGCCCGUGAGCAGAGGUCAGGCCCGUGAGCAGAGGUCAGGCCCCUGAGCAGAGGUCAGGCCCGUGAGCAGAGGUCAGGCCCGUGAGCAGAGGUCAGGCCCGUGAGCAGAGGUCAGGCCCCUGAGCAGAGGUCAGGCCCGUGAGCAGAGGUCAGGCCCCUGAGCAGAGGUCAGGCCCCUGAGCAGAGGUCAGGCCCCUGAGCAGAGGUCAGGCCCGUGAGCGUCCUCGGGACUUUAUCAAUAAGAGAACCAGCACUGACUGAACUGUAGUGAAUGAAUUGCUCCACCUGGAGGUCAGAGCAGCUCCUAUUAUGUCAACGUGAU